AUGGGUCUGAUGCUUUUCUGCCAACAGCACAUUGCUGAGUUGGUCUCCAGCCAGGCCAAAAGGUCGGACCAGGGCGGAAUCCUGCGGCACUGGGGGCUCGUGCUGAAGGAGCCUCCUGAGCACUGGGUGCCGGGAGCGGGGCCAGGACGUGCCCACGAAGGGAAGGUGUGCCCGCGGGGCGGGGCAGGGGCCGCGGGGGAAGCCGGUGCUGAGGGCAGGAACGCCGGGGGGCGGGCGGGAGAGCAGACAGGGAUUUUCGUCCCGGAAAGGGGCAGGGAUUCCGCCCGCCUGGGCAGGCGCCAGGGCGCUGCCGAGGGCGGCGGCUUUCCCGGAGCGGAGCGGGGCGGGGGCGGCGGUGGCGGUGCCCGGUGCCGGACCCGCGCCUCCCUCCCUCCUUCCCUCUCUCCCUCCCUCCCUCUCUCGGCCGGGGCGGGGGAGGCGAGCGGGGACACCCCCGAGGAGGGCGAGGGCCGGAGGGGCGGCUCGGAGAGCGGGGCCGCCGGCGGCGACAAGCCCGAGACGCGCUCAGUGUGCAGCAGCAGCGAGAGCGGCAGCGGCGGCCACGCCGGCGGGGCCGGCCCCAUCUGCAAGAUCUGCUUCCAGGGCCCCGAGCAGGGUGAAUUGUUAAACCCUUGCCGCUGCGAUGGCUCAGUACGAUACACGCAUCAGCUUUGCCUCUUAAAGUGGAUAAGUGAAAGAGGGUCAUGGACCUGUGAACUCUGCUGUUACAGAUACCAUGUUAUAGCCAUUAAAAUGAAAAAGCCUUGUCAGUGGCAAAGCAUUACUAUAACACUGGUUGAGAAAGUGCAGAUGGUUGCUGUAAUCCUAGGAUCUCUGUUCUUAGUAGCAAGUGUGACUUGGCUUCUAUGGUCAGCCUUCAGCCCUUAUGCAGUAUGGCAAAGAAAGGACAUCCUUUUUCAAAUCUGCUAUGGAAUGUAUGGUUUUAUGGAUCUAGUAUGCAUAGGACUGAUAGUCCAUGAAGGUGCAUCUGUUUAUCGAGUGUUUAAGCGCUGGAGAGCUGUGAAUCUACACUGGGAUGUGCUAAAUUAUGAUAAAGCCACAGACAUAGAAGAGAGCAAUCGAGGAGAAUCCUCAGCAGGGAGGACAUUGUGGCUGCCACUGACUGCAUUUAGAAACAGAAGUUUAGUUCAUCCAACACAGUUAACCUCACCGAGAUUUCAGUGUGGCUAUGUGUUGUUACACCUGUUCAACCGCAUGAGACCUCAGGAGGAUUCAUCAGAGGAUAACUGCUCUGGGGAAGUGGUAAUGAGAGUGACCUCAGUGUAAAGAUUGUGCUCACUGUGCUACACAGAUGAGGAUAAUGUGCCCUGGUGUUACAGGAUGCGGAAUGUAGUUAUGAUGAAUGGUGAAACCAUUAACACUUGAAAAAAUAUAUACACUUCUUUUUUUUAAAUUUAAUGGUUUUUAUAUGAUCAGAUAAAACACAAAUACAUUUUUCUGGGGGAAAAAGUCUCUUGGUUUUUAUAUAGUCUGAUUUAUUGAACCUUUUCUCAAUUUGUACCUGAGGUGUAUGUAACAUAGCUUAACUCUUAGGUCUUUGAAUGAUGAGGAAACUCAUUUUUAAGUAAAAAGAUAUAUUUAAAUGUAUUUUCUUAAACUCUGGCUUUAAUCCACUACUGUUAUUUUUUUCCACUUUCAUGAGGAUUAAACUGGACAACAUUCUUCCAAAAAGAAUAAGAAUGUUGACACAAGUCAAAUAUUUUUCCUUUUCUGUCUUUAUUUUGCUGUUGUUUGUAGCCCAGUUAAGGUGUGUGAAAAUAAGUGAAUGAUAUAAUGCCCUUUGCAUUUAAGCAAGAAGUCCAGUGGGUGUUCUACAAAACCUAAAGGAAGAUGGGAAUUCUUUUCUUUUAGCUCUCCCAGAUGUCCAUGCAAGAUAUCAGACACAAGUAUGACACAGACAGGGGGAGAGUCUUGUGCUGCCUCUCAAGUCUCUUAAGAUCUGCGGAGGGCUGGUGCUGUGCCUGUGCACAGAAGUGACGUUGUCUUCUCAGCAGCGCUGCUGGAAUUAGCAA